UAAAAUAGUCAACAACAACAACAAAAAACAGCAGUUCACUAAUUAUCCACAUAUGUACGUGUAUGGCUGGUGUUGGAUAAUGACACAAAUGCCCAACAUCAACAACAAGCAUAACACAAAGAAAGCAACUAUAAAUUGAAAGCAAAAACAACAGCAACAGCAACAAUUGGCCGCUAAAAGGCACAACAAAUCAUCUUCAUCAACGCUUACAAGCGCUCAGUGUCCAAAAGGCCUACUGUCUAUGCGAACAAAGCAACAAUAAGCGGCCGUAAAUAAAGCGUCAAAAGCAAUUUGCCAAAACUAUAAAAAGCGCAUAUCGCGAAAGCGCGAACUGACAACAAAAAAACACUCAUAUACAUAUACAUAUAUUGUGUAAAAAUAGUGUUCCAGCGCAUAUAUUUGAAUUAUCAACACAUAAAACAAACAAAAAAAAGCACAAUAAAAAAAGCAGAAAUCAUACACACACACAAACAAACACUUCCGCAUUUGCCGCGACACGCGACGCUACGUCAUAAUGGAGCGCAAACAUUUGGGCGCUCUGGCGCUUUGCUUGUUUGUUUUGCUGUUUAAACUAAAUAUUUUCGCUGUGGUCGCCGAACAGGAUGAGGAUAUCCCACAUAAUGAAGUGCGAAACUGGGCGCUUAAAUUUGGUGUGGAUCUUUGGGAGUUCGGGCGACAGUUUACCAAAAUGAAUGAAAUCAAAAAUCGUUUUAAGGACAGUGACAUCGAAGUGAAGCGAAAGGAUGGCAUCAUGUUGCUGCGCGAAUUGGCAGCUGAGGUGAAAAAUUUCAUGGAUUUCAAACGCAACGCUGUGAUGCGCAUUAUGGACUCCGCCGAACAGGCCGCUCUCUCCGAAUUGGAAUCACAGAACUCACACAGUACUUCCGCGACAAUAAACAAUCAGCACUACGAUGCGCGUCGCAUUAACGAAUACAACUCGGAUGGUAAAUUGGCGGAUGGUGCAAGGCAUAUGGACAUACGUUUUAUGCGUCGUUUCGAGCGAUUACCCGUCAAUCUCAGUCUCAGUUCCAUUUUAGUGCCGAAUUCUGUCUCGCUUGACGAGCCUGAUGUAAAGUCAGCACUUCAGUGGAGCGCACAUCUCGAUCCACUCUUUCAAAACAAUCUUGAACGCGAUCCAGCGCUCUCGUGGCAAUAUUUCGGCUCAUCAACUGGUUUCUUACGUCGUUUCCCUGGCACUGCUUGGCCACCCGAGGGUUCGAAGGGCAGCAAACAAAUACACGACUUUCGCGCACAAAACUGGUUCGUACAAGCCGCAUCGUCACCAAAAGAUAUUAUGAUAUUAUUGGAUUCUUCGUCGAGCAUGUCGGACAAGUCUUUCGAACUCGCUAUGGCAACAGCUUUUAACAUACUUGACACGCUAGGUGAGAACGAUUUCGUCAACUUGAUUACAUUUGCGGAGGAUGUCAAAACGCCGGUACCGUGCUUUAAGGACCGUAUGGUACGCGCCACCCCAGACAAUAUACAGGAAAUCAAAUCCGCAGUAAAAGCAAUUAAGCUCGAAAAUACUGCCAAUUUCACAGCUGGUCUGGAGUAUGCUUUCAGCUUGCUUCACAAGUACAAUCAAUCCGGCGAAGGCAGUCAAUGCAAUCAAGCCAUUAUGCUCAUUACCGAGAGUACUUCGGAAACGCAUAGCGACAUAAUCAAACAAUACAAUUGGCCUCACAUGCCCGUACGAAUAUUCACCUACCUUAUCGGUUCCGACUCGAGUAGUCGCAGCAAUUUGCAUGAAAUGGCCUGCUCCAAUAAAGGUUUCUUCGUACAAAUCAACGAUAUGGAUGAUGCACGCAAAAAGGUUAUCGACUAUGCGCUGGUUAUGGCACGUCCCAUGAUAAUGUAUCAGGCCGAUCAUCCAGUGCACUGGAGUCCAGUCUUCGUUGCUGGCAAGACUGGUGGCUUGGCGCGCGACUCUGACUACCAGCGCAGGCUGGUGACGACAGUUUCAACUCCGGUCUUCGAUAGACGAAACCAUUCGGUGCGUGUGGCAAAUUUACUCGGUGUUGUUGGCACCGAUGUGCCCAUCGAGGAGAUACGUAAGAUGAUACCGCAACAUAAAUUGGGACCGAAUGGAUAUUCGUUUAUCGUUGAUAAUAAUGGGCGUGUACUGUAUCAUCCAGAUUUGCGUCCACUGAGUGAUGGUAAUCAAUAUAUUGACCAGUUGCGGCCGCGGUACACGUCAGUCGACGUAACGGAGUUGGAACUGCCGGAAACCGAAGUGGGCAACGAGCAUGAAAUUGUCGAAAUGAAUAAGAAUCUCUUAUACGAUAUGCGCAAUGAUAUGCUCAUGCCCAAGGAGGGUGAAACCGAAUUCACGGUAUUCAAUCACUUUGACGAAAUGAAACGAGUGACGGCGCGUACACAAAGGUAUUUUUAUGGACCUAUUGAAGAUACGCCCUUUACCUUAGCUGUUGUACUCCCUGAAAAAUAUGGCAGCCACGAAUUGGUCUCCCAACAGGAAAUAAGGCACUCGCGCAGAAAUGUGACCGAGUACUUUAAGGGAGACAGUUGGCGCGUACAUCCCGACUGGGUGUAUUGUGAGUACAAUAGUGUUAGCGAUUUAGAGAAGGAGCGUGAAAGCUCUGGCGAAUAUCUCUCAGCCUCACGUGAACAAGAAUUAAGUUUCGGCUCACCUGAAGAGCAGGUCUUACAUUUCUUGGGACGUGCAGGACGGCCAGGCUGGAAGUGGAUGUCGGUGCGACCAAAACCACCGCAACCACACCAUGCCAUGCAUGGCGUGACACCUGUCGGCCAUUUUGCUCAGCAUCUAAAUAACGUGCAAGGUUCUCGCAAAGCCGAACCCUACUAUUGCGAUCGAACCUUGGUACAGAGUUUAGUGCGUGAUGCUAUGGUAACCGAUGGUCUGGAUCGAAAUUCAACUGGAACGUCCAAUGGAAAGGAGGAUAAACAAUUCGUGAAAGAAAAAUCAUAG